AUGUGGCCUUGUGGAGCAGCAUGGGAUGAGCAACUGCCCCCAGCAAUCGUCAAGAAGGUUCUCGGCUGGCUUGAGCAGGUGACGGAGCUAUCAACAGUACGUGUACCACGCUGCCUGACGGCCACGGGACGCACAGCAAUCAGCAGCCAGCUUCACGUGUUCUCAGAUGCGUCCGAGGUCGCAUACGGAGCAGUCGCGUAUCUGGUCAGUCACUAUGACACUGGAGAACCGACAGCACGGUUCGUCGCAAGCAAGGUCCGUGUGGCACCAGUGACUGCUGUCAGCGUUCCGCGGCUUGAGCUAAUGGCGGCGACAACCGGAGCAACGCUCGCCACAUCAUCCGCCGAGUCACUGAACCUCGACCCCCGAGCAACGACGCUAUGGUCGGACAGCAGCAACGUUCUGCACUGGAUCACCAACUACAGCCGCACCUUCAAGCAGUUUGUGGCUAGUCGAGUGGGCGAGAUUCAACGGCAAACCAAUCCUACCCAGUGGCGGUACGUGCCCACCGCGCUCAAUCCAGCCGACCUGGUCUCUCGAGGAAUGUCAGUGCAAGAGUUGGCGGGAAGCAGUUUAUGGUGGAACGGUCCCGGCUUCUUGGGUGCCGCUGAAAGUGAAUGGCCUGUUCAGCCAGAAUUGAAGCCCCGUCCGUCAACUCUGGAGUUGAAGAAAGACAAUCAACCGACGGACGAGUCCAUCGAGCUGACUGCGGUGACCGUCGACCAAUGCCACAGCGAGCUGAAUCGUCUAGAGCCAAGCCGCUACUCCGACUGGGUACGAAUGUGCCGUGUUCAUGCUUGGUGUGUGCGAUUCGCUACGAAUUGCUCAGUACCACCCGCACAACGAGAGUUUGACGAAUUAUCGCCACCAGCGAUCCGAGACUCUGAGGAGUUCUUCAUCAAGCGAGCGCAGCAACAGUCGCUACCAGAGUAUGCUGCAGUUAAGGCAGGCAAGCCGAUCCCUGCAACCAGCAAGCUGGUCUCGCUCAAGCCAAUGAUUGACGACGCUGGCCUUCUACGCGUCGGAGGUCGACUACAGCAUGCAGACUUCUUGACUGCAGAACAACGCAAUCCGAUCGUCCUACCACGAGGGGAUCAUGUGACACAGCUGAUUGUCAAGGCAUGUCACGAACGAGGAUAUCACGCGUUCGGUGUCAGCCAUACGCUAGCCGAACUCUCGUCGCGCUACUGGAUCGUCGCUGGCCGCGAAGAGGUGCGAGCUUGGGAAGCCAAGUGUGCGAGGUGCGCCCGGAACCGUACAAAGCCGGCAAUGCAGGUGAUGGCGCCACUACCUAAGGUCCGAGUCAGCCUGCCGCUACGCGCAUUCGGCCGAGUCUCCGUAGACUACGCUGGACCGUUUAUGACGAAGCAGGGUCGCGGCAAGACACAACACAAGCGGUACCUGUGCUUGUUCACCUGCUUGCAGACGAGAGCAGUGCAUCUCGAGCUGUCAUACGCGUUGACAACGGACUCGUUCCUGCAGGCGUACGUACGCUUCACCAAUCGACGGGGAGUACCGAUCGACGUCAUCUCCGACAAUGGCACGAAUUUCGUCGGCGCCACCAAUGAGCUUGCUCAGCUAGUCAAGCAGCUUGAUGCAGAGGCGAUUCAGCGUCAGACAGCGGAUCAGCAGACUAGCUGGCGUUUCAACCCUCCAGCAGCACCACAUUUCGGCGGAGUGCAUGAGGCGUUAGUGAAAUCGGCAAAGCGUGCUAUCUAG